UGUAACCUACUAUAGAGAAGAGCGACAUCCACUUACCCACCUUUUUUUAUUUAUGUUUAUAGAAAAUGUUUUGGGCCAUGUAUGUGACAUACUAAGACUUUUCAACGGGGAAAUGCAAAUAUUGAGGUCGUCUGGUGGAGGAGGAUCGACAGAUUUCAUUCGUGUCUGCAUUGACUACGCUCAUCCCGUUGAAACCAGCAACUGAUACAACGGGAACCCUACAAAACCAACAACAACAACGACAACAACAGCAACUGCACCAAAAGACGGCUAUCGACGUCGCAGAAAACGCUUCCGAGGGAUCGGCGGUGACGACUAUCAAGCGCGUGGUGUGCAGGCUGGAUCUACCGAUGUCCACCAUAACGCCGGUGGUCGAAGAAGCGGCCGUGAUCAUCGACGUGGUUAAGACGGCGGCCGAGCCGGCUGUACUUCCGUCAUCUCACACGGCCACUAUGGCAUCUAACAAGUUUUUGCAGUGCAACGUGUGCCACAAGAUAUACAGGCGGAAAAACGCUUUUAAAAAUCACUUGCGAUCUCACGUAAAGGACACGAUUACGGAUGGCCCUUUUCAGUGCAACUACUGCAGCAUGUCGUUUACAGUACCAUCUCAGUUGAAGCGGCACUACCGAUCACACACCGGUGAGAAACCGUACAAAUGUGAGUAUUGUGACAAAUCGUUCUCGGUCAAAGAGAACCUGACCGUGCACCGGCGUAUCCACACCAAGGAGAGGCCGUUCAAAUGUAAUCUGUGUGAACGGGCGUUCGAGCACAGCGGAAAGUUGCACCGGCACAUGCGCUCACACACCGGUGAACGGCCGCACAAGUGUUCGUUCUGUGACAAGGCGUUCAUCCAGAGCUGCCAGCUAGACGUUCACAAACGCACUCACACGGGUGAAAAACCGCACAUGUGCAAAACGUGCGACAAGAGGUUCGCAUGCUCCAAGCAGCUCAAGGUGCACACACGCUCGCACACAGGCGAGAAGCCAUAUUCGUGUGACAUAUGUGGCAAGUCUUUCGGCUACAACCACGUGCUCAAGCUCCACCAGAUGUCGCAUUACCGUGAGAAAUUGUACAAGUGCAAGAUUUGCAAUGGCACGUUCACGUCCAAGAAGACCAUGGAAAGCCACAUCAAGAGUCAUUCGGACAACGGCGGAAGUGGAGCGAUAUCGGCCGCCGCGGCUACCGCUAACGUUAUCCAGGUGACCGGCAGUGCUGCUACAGCUGCGGCCGCGGGAGCAGGGGUCAUCACUGUGCAGUCUUCGUCCAAAAAAGAAGCGGCAUCCGAGGGUGAGACUUCGUCAAGCUGCGGUAGCGAUAAGGAGAACAACAAGUCGAAAGUGGCCACGUCCGCUGCAGUAUUGUGUCAGCCGUCUGAUGAACCGAAACGCACCAAUCUUCUUCUGCAGCAGUCGGCAGCAGCGACGGCUGCCGUACUAUUGGUUCGGGAAGACGAUGGUGGUGGUGUUGGAAAAUCCCAUGAUGACGAAGAGGACGUUGACGACGUGAUGGUGAUGGGCACAGUAGACACUGAACCCAACAAGCUGUGUCAGUACUUGUAUCCCAGGUUACCGGGCAGAAACCGGAAACGUGAUUACGACGAUGACGAAGAUGACGAUGAAUACAACUGUGACCAACCUCCGAGUCCAGUAAGCAGCUGCUCGGGCUCGAUGGCUCUAACCAUAGACGUAUCGCUACCACCAAUGACUCGCAGCCGACAACAAUUUCAACAACAACAACCACAGCAGAAAUUGCAACAACAACAGCAACAGCAGCAACUACAACAACAACAUCAGCAGCAACAGUCGUUCCACACGAUGCAGACGGCCGCACAACAACAGCGACAGCAGCACGUGGAUUACGUCAUGAUGAUGGCUGCCGAAGAUCGCGCAGUUUUAUCGCCUGCCUGGUACACAGCCGCAGCCCACGCCGAAGACGAGACCGUGGAGAUGCCGCCCGUGGUGUCAUUGACCACGGUGCCGUCGCCACCGCCGCCCGCGCAACCCAACGAUCGGGAUCACUUGAGCCUGCGACCGCAGAAACGGUCGAAAGUGAUACUCAAGUCGAUAGAGACCAGCGCCAAGAAAGAGGCGCAGUGCAGUCGGUACAGUUCGGUAAUACAGUACGCAACAAAGCCUCAAUUUAAACGUAAUUGAUCGUAGUAUAUUAUAAUAUAAUAUUUAAUGAUAUUAUCAUCACAAAUUAUUAUUAUUUUACCUGUUUAUAAUAUAUAACUUUAAUUAUUUUCUACGUUUUUGAACUAAUUGUAUUAUUAUUAUCAUUUAUUUUUUAUCAAAUAUAUCAAUUCGUCGUAUGCUUUUCCCUUUCUUAAAGAGUUAGAAAAAAUAUGCUGUUUACGCAUUAUUUCUAUUUUUGUAUUCAAUUUUAAUCUAUAUAUUACUAUAUUAAUAUAGAAUAAUGAAAUCAUACGGGUAGUAGUUAAUUACAUUAUCUCGCUAGAGGAACAAAAAGUCUGUCGAGCAGUUUUUGCUAUAAUAUAAUUAUUAAUAUUAUUAUUUAUAUUAUUAUUAAUUAUUAUUAAUAUUAAAUUGCAUAUUAUUUAAACACUAUUAAAAUGCAACAAGUUGUGUAGUUUCAUUGUUUUAUUUCUUUUACUAGGUGCAUAGGACUAAGUUUAGUAAUUAUUAACGUAAUUAAAAUAAUACAAAACGGAAAAUCAUCUACCUCAUUUGUAUGCCUUAUAUAUUCAUUGCCUAUAAUUAGAAAAAAACAGUACAAAUCAUAUUAUCCUAAAGUGACGAAACUCACUGAGGACCAAUUUAUAUUUAAAUUAUUAUUAUAUUUAUUGUGUGUGAAAAUAAUAUAUGCGUGUAUGUGUGUGUGAGAGAGAGUAUUUGUACUCACAUUCACACAUACACAUAAGUCAUAACUUACAGUAGACGUUCGAUAUUAUUCGAACUUCAACAUCACGAAUUUUUCGAACACGUCGAACUUAAUCGUAUCUUUUUUUCUUUUGUUGGCCUUCGAGAUUCUAUCGAGUCUACUGUACUAUAAUAAUUUAAUUUAAUUGUAAACAAUUUUUUUAAUGUAUAUCAUCAACAAUAU